AUGGCUCCUUUUACAAGUCUUUUCCGCUUUCGAGAUGAGCAGGGAGUCAUUCAGUAUGGUGAGGCUGGGGCAGCUGAGACACAUACUAAAGAGACCCUCACCGGCCGCCUUGUUCCCAUCUUCAGGGGCAACAAUCCUUGGGAUGAUGAUUUUGUCUUGACGGAGAAACAGUGUAGAGUUUCAGAGGUUCUUUGUCCACUACCGCACACACCAAUCUUCCUUUGUGUUGGUCUAAACUACAAGCAACACGCAGAUGAAGCCAAGAUGUCCUAUGGAAACCAUCCGAUCAUUUUCACCAAACCUGCAGAUGCACUUGCGGGACCCUUCGAGGAUAUUCCAGUUCAUCCAGAAUGUUUUUCAAUGGAUUACGAGGCAGAACUGUGCGUCGUCCUUAGCAAGGACUGCAAAAAUCUGAAAGCGUUAGAUGACGUAUCUGACUAUAUUCUGGGAUACACCGCUGGAAACGAUGUCUCGUCCCGGUAUUGGCAGAUGCCUGAGCGCUCAGGGAAUCAGCACGGCAGUGCUAAGUCAUUUGACAAGUUCGCGCCAAUCGGACCGGUCAUCACCUCGACUAGUACUAUUCCGGAUCCGGGACAGCUUCGGAUGGAAUGUUUCGUCAAUGGGGAAAAGAGACAGUCAACCCAUGUUGAUGACCUCAUUUUCGGCAUUCCCCAAAUACUCCAGCAUCUAAGCCGGGGCACGACAUUGCGCAAGGGCACGGUUAUUAUGACAGGAACUCCAAGCGGUGUCGCGGCCUUCAUGAAACCGCCGGCGUGGCUGCAAGAUGGAGACGUGGUGGAAGUUAGUAUCGACAAGAUUGGUUCUAUUAAAAAUCGCGUUAUAUUUGAGAAGGAAUCCUGA